CGCCCCCGGCCGGGAGCCACCUGCGCCCCGCCCCGCCGGCCGCACCCCAGCUAGGGAACCUCCGAGCUCCGUGUGCGCCCUGGAAAUCGUUGCAAGUUCUGCUUCUGCCUGGACGGCUUUCCUGGAUCCCAGAAUGUGGCUUCACUGAGAGCCCCUCUGCCUGUGGACGAGGGAGCGGGUCUUCGGAGCGAACUCUUGGGUGUGGGAAGUUGGUCUGCACUUCGACAUCAUGACCAGCCCAGAGGGCUCACAAAACAAGGAAAUCGACUGUCUGAGUCCAGAAGCGCAAAGACUGGCGGAGGCCAGGCUUGCAGCGAAGCGUGCAGCCCGCGCCGAGGCUCGAGAGAUCCGGAUGAAGGAGCUGGAACGGCAGCAGAAAGAGAUCUAUCAAGUCCAAAAGAAAUAUUAUGGGCUGGAUACAAAAUGGGGCGACAUCGAGCAGUGGAUGGAAGACAGCGAGCGCUACUCUCGUAGAUUCCGGAGAAACACCUCGGCUUCUGACGAAGACGAGCGCUUGUCCGUGGGUAGUCGAGGCAGCCUAAGGGCGCAGCCCGAGCUGGAGUAUGGGAGUCCCUACGCCUGGACUAACGGUUAUGAUGGAGACUAUUGCGGAUCCCAGUCCCUAAGUAGAAGAUCUGGCAGGAAUUCCAGCUACAGUGGCGGCGAUGGCCGAGGCUCCGCUUUGUCGUCCUCCAGGGAGGAGAAGUUGGGACUCUUUUGCUCCGACCUUGGUCUUCCCAGCAGUGGCCUUGCUUCCAAACCCCUGUCUACCCAGAAUGGAACCCGGGCGGCCAUGCUGGAUGACAGCAGCCUCUAUGGGGCUCGGAGGGGAAGUGCCUGUGGUUCUCGAGCACCCUCAGAAUACAGUGGCCACCUCAACUCCAGCUCCCGGGCCUCUUCUAGGGCCAGCUCUGCAAGGGCCAGUCCCGUGGUAGAAGAAAGACCAGACAAAGACUUCGCUGAGAAGAGCUCCCGUAACAUGCCCAGCCUGUCUGCAGCCACGCUGGCAUCUCUGGGCGGGACUUCCUCCCGGAGAGGGAGUGGAGAUACCUCCAUCUCCAUGGAUACCGAAGCAUCCAUCAGGGAAAUCAAGGAACUUAAUGAGUUAAAGGACCAGAUUCAGGAUGUAGAAGGCAAAUACAUGCAGGGACUGAAAGAGAUGAAGGACUCGCUGGCCGAAGUUGAGGAGAAGUACAAGAAGGCUAUGGUCUCCAACGCCCAGCUAGACAAUGAGAAGACGAACUUCAUGUACCAGGUGGACACGCUGAAGGACAUGCUGCUGGAGCUGGAAGAGCAGCUGGCCGAGUCUCAGCGGCAGUACGAGGAGAAGAACAAGGAGUUCGAGAGGGAGAAGCAUGCCCACAGCAUCCUGCAGUUCCAGUUUGCUGAAGUGAAAGAGGCCCUGAGGCAAAGGGAAGAAAUGCUUGAGGAAAUCCGACAGCUGCAGCAGAAACAGGCGGGUUUUAUCAGGGAGAUUUCUGACCUUCAGGAAACGAUAGAGUGGAAAGACAAAAAGAUAGGGGCAUUAGAAAGGCAGAAAGAGUUCUUUGAUUCCAUAAGGAGCGAACGAGAUGACCUUAGAGAAGAAACAGUCAAGCUGAAGGAGGAGUUGAAGAAACAUGGAAUAAUCCUAAAUUCAGAAAUAGCCACCAACGGAGAGACUUCAGACACAGUAAAUGAUGUUGGGUAUCAAGCCCCUACGAAGAUAACAAAAGAAGAGCUGAAUGCCCUCAAGUCGGCUGGGGAGGGAACCCUAGGAAAAGCCAAAGAAGUGGAGGUGAAAAAGGAAAUUGUGGAGAAAGUGGGGCAAAGAGAAACCUUACAGAAUUCUGAGCACGAACAGCCCAAACCCAACACAGGAAAGGAUUGUGUGGACAGAGGGGUGUCACAUCCUGGUGAGAAGGCUGAGGACCAGAGACCCGCUGAAGACAGAGCCCUGUCCCCAGGACCACUAGCAGGGCCCAAAUGUGAGCAACAGGUUCAGAGCCAAGAUCAAGAGAACACUUCUGUCCUCAAAAACCCAGAGCAGAUCGAGUUACACACGGUCACAAACAAGUCAGAUGGUAGAGGCAGCAGCUCCCCUCAACAGUCCAGCUGCGUAGGAGGUCUAGACAGUGAAGGGUCAGGGCCCACUGAGGAUUUGAAAACAGAUUUGGGACAAGGUAGCUUUGAACCGUGUCCAGACUAUGUUUUGGGGCAAACACCUGAAAUUGACAAGGUGAGCUGUACAGACUCAAGGGGCACGGGUGGAACCCCCGCAGAGGAUGCGGUACAGGCAGGGGGUGCUACAGUUGAGGACCAAGUAGGGACAAUGGCCUCUGGUCCUGCAGAGCAAAGCAAAGGCACAGAGAAUCAUGAUGAAAGAUGUCUGAAGGAUGGGAUGGGGCAGAGCUCAGAGAGAGAACUUGCCCAAGAAGUAGCUGAGCCGGAGGAAGCCCUCAUUCAGAGUCCACAGGCCGGUGGAGAGAACACUGUUACCAAGGCCGAAGAUGCAGAAGUAAGGGAUGAGAAGCCCUUCCAGGCAGAAGUCCAGGUAAGCCCUGGAGCUCCCGUAGUUCAGAAUGACCAUCAGGACACAACAGGACCAGGCAGCACAGAUGCCAAGCGCCCACCACUUCACGCAAAAGAACGCAACAAACAAGCAAAGAGUGAGCAGCAGGCAGAGGCCUUGGAUUCGCCCCAGAAGAGGACCAAGAACAAGAAGAAGAAGAACAAGAAGAAGAAAGCUGCAGCUCCAGUUGAAACCUGCAGAGAUGCCAAUGACGAGUUGAACUGUCAGGACCUGGACGUGGGUGACGUGGAGGAGGAAGAACAGGCCCAGGUCACCGACAAGAAACGGGCGGCAGAAAACCCAGAGCAGAAAAUUGGAGCAGGAAGCAGAGAACCUGUCGAAGAUCCUCAAAGCGGGCCGAGUGGAAAACAGGACGAAGCAGAAGGGGACAGUCCCACGGAAGGUCCCACAGGCAUCUUGGAUCAGAACAGUCCCCAGUGUGAAGAUGGGGACAUCUCCCCAGUGGGAAAGAAAGGUUCCCAAAGGGAUGCCUCUCAGAUAGGAGGUGAAGAAGGACAGGUGCCCUCCCAACACGCUGGCCAAACAGUUGAGAAGGCUGUUGACGGCCACAGCCUAGACAAGAGUGACCUGUCAGGGCAGCUGGGGGGCUUCAAUUCAGAGAGUGGAGAGCAGGCAAGAGAAGAGGUUGGGAACAGCAAGAACAAGGAGGAUUGCACCAUGUCGUGAGGAGGCGGGAGGCGGGAGGCAGGGCGGAGAGUUGAGUGCCAGGGCUGGCCAAGGACUUAGCACAGUAAGCUCUGUCCUUCCGCUCCACACAGCCGAGGUUCAUGAAUGUCCCGGUUUCUGGAUGCUCCAUGUGUCAAUCACCAAAUACCAACUACUUUAAGUUAUAGACUGUUACCUGUAGAUUUGUAUUUAACCAUUGAUGACCUAGCCGGUACUGUUUUUACUUUCAGUUCUAGCUGGGAACAUUCCUUUAGCACCAGGUGUGCAUUCCAGCCUGAAGGUCAAAAUGCAACGUUUGCUUCAGGCCAGGAUGAAUGUGGAUGUUCUUAACCAAGUGUAUCAGUGUCUGGUUGAAAUGACCAAACAGCGUGUAGAUUUCUGCAUUAUAAGUGGCAGAUAUUCAAAUAUUAUGUUAUUCAAAUAGAUGUGUUUUCAUAUUUGAUCUUACUAUGUACACCGUAGCCUGUUUGGUAUUAUAUUUAAAGGAGUAGAUGGAUAAUAGAUGGAUAAGUAGCAUGUAGGCUAGUGGGCGAGAGGAGCUACACGUGGGGUGGAGAUUAAUCACUGUAGAGAUUCAAACCAUGUGCCUUUACCUCACAUAAAUACUUUAUUUUGCACCAA